AUGUCGUUCGUUACUCGCAAUCUUCUUAGAACCAACAUCAAGCCUUUGCCAUCCCAAUGUUGGGCUGCAAAGCGUCAAUUCUGCAAGCCUACUGCAUCUCUCAUGACAGCUUCCUCCAAUCCUGUCAAAAAGCCCUCCAUCAACACCAUGACAGCAGGUCGCUUUUAUUCCACUUCUACAUCCAAAGAGGAGAUUCGUGCCAAAGCAGCUGUUGGUCCAUUUACAUUCAAGGCAGCAGCUGUAUUUCUCGGCGUAGGUGCAGGUCUACUAUUGUACUUUCAGAGCGAGAAGAAGAAGGUUGAAGAGAUCCGCAAACAAAAAGAAGCCGAGAAAUCCAAACCACAAUCAUACGGAAAGCCAAAGCUGGGAGGUGAUUACACUCUGACUAAUGCAGAGACCAACAAGCCAUUUGGCUCUGAUGAUAUGAAAGGAAAGUUUGCUCUGAUCUACUUUGGAUUCACGCAUUGUCCUGACAUUUGUCCCGAGGAACUGGACAAGAUGGCAGAAGUGGUUGACAUGACCAAGAAGGACAUUGGAGAGAAUGUACUAGUACCAGUCUUCAUUACUUGUGAUCCCAGACGUGAUACUAGAGAGAUUGUCAAGGAAUACGUCAAGGACUUUCACGAGGAUCUGAUUGGAUUGACAGGAGAUCAAGACGAGAUCAAGCGAGUCGCUAAACUCUUUAGAGUAUACGUAUCCUCUCCUCCUGACAUUAGUGAAGGUGAUGACUAUUUGGUCGAUCACUCCAUCUUCUUUUAUUUGAUGGAUCCAGAGGGUAAAUUCUUGGAUUGUUACGCACAAAACUCAGAGGCCAAGGGUGUCAGUGAGAGCUUCAAGAAAUACUACAAUGCUUACAUUGAAAGUGGUGGUAAAUUAGACAAAUCGCCCAUCAAUAACAAAAAAUAA